UUAGCUCAGCUGCGACUGCCUGCACUCUCUGCCCAUUGUAUAUCGCCUUAUUUCCAGCUCUUUGCGUUUCCGAACAAACUUAUCUGUGUGCCCAAGAAAGAUGCAGAUCUUCGUCAAGACCCUCACUGGAAAGACCAUCACUCUCGAGGUCGAGAGCAGCGACACCAUCGACAACGUUAAAGCUAAGAUUCAGGAUAAGGAAGGGAUCCCUCCUGACCAGCAGAGAUUAAUUUUUGCUGGUAAGCAAUUGGAAGAUGGCCGAACUCUUGCUGAUUAUAACAUCCAGAAGGAGUCAACACUUCACCUGGUUCUGAGGCUUAGGGGAGGAACUAUGAUCAAGGUAAAGACUCUCACUGGAAAAGAGAUUGAAAUUGACAUUGAACCCACUGAUACCAUCGAUCGGAUCAAGGAACGAGUUGAGGAGAAAGAAGGCAUUCCUCCAGUGCAGCAAAGACUUAUUUAUGCUGGGAAGCAGCUUGGGGAUGACAAAACGGCUCGUGACUACAACAUUGAGGGCGGCUCUGUGCUUCAUCUUGUGCUUGCUUUGAGGGGUGGUAGUUUUUAGAUGAUGCUUGUUACUUUCAGAAAAUCUAGUAACUGAGUAUUUGACUUCGAUGUGUGGGUAGACAUUGAAGAUAUCAGAGGGAAGAUGUUCAGUUCAUUUUGCGGACACAAGAUUGUUCAUUUGCUGUGAAGUUACCCUGUCUCUGUUUACUGUGUUAAUACUGGGUUAUAUAAUUAAUGCAUAAUCACCUUCCUCA